CAUUGUUGUGUAGAAUUGUCACACAUUUCGGUUAACGUUGCAUUUUGUCACUCAAAUACAGAAAUGAAUAUACAAUGGCGUCUGUCGUUUACUUGAAGCGCGUCUAUAGAUAGUCCGUCAUCCUUUUCUUACAUAUAUCGACGCUAUUCACAGAGACACUGCUUUCAUCGAACGAAUGAUCUUUUACGAGCAGAGUAGACUGAUAAGAAAUAUCCCCCGUUACCUUCGCACUUUAUGUUUUGGAGUUUCUCUUUCGUGUGGACAAUUAGCCGCGCUUUUAAAUUUUCUUUGAACAUGUUAAGAUAUUUCGUCGAAAAUAUCGCAAUAGUGCCGCUAUGUUAAAAUAUUGUACUUUUACGCUGUUUGAUUUAGAGAAAUCUUGCGAUGAGAUUAUAACAGAAGAUGUUCACGACGAAUACUGUGCAAGCCGGUAGUGUUCCGACCCUUCAGUAUCAAGAGCAUCCAACUCAGAAAUCACAAGGCAAAAAUAUGGAAAACGUACAACAAAAGAAUCCACAACAGACCCAGCAGACCCAACAGGAGUUUCCCACAUUUUGUUACACAACCAAUGUAAAUAUGAUAGGAAAAAUUGGUACUGGUACCACAACAGGUGCUGGUGGAGUGAACAUAGCGCAAUUAACAACAAGUGAUGACAAGACUUGUUAUAUAGCUCAGCCAUUCUCCUACAAUUAUGCCUUAGUUAACCAGAUGCAAAUCGCACCAAAUGGAAUACAGAAUACAAUAUCAAACAUUAGCUUUAAAUGUGAUGUGUGCGGUCUGAUGUUUGGACAUUUGACUCUACUUAAUGCUCAUAAAAGAAUACAUGCACAGGACACAGAUAACAAUAUAACUGUGGUGGCGACAGGUGUCAGUACGGCCAAUGAAGUGACAAUGCCACCUCAUAUACAAAUUAUUUCUUCCGACCCAACCGAUCAGACACAACAUCAAGUACAUAUACAAGAGACAAAACCUGUAGUAAUAGAUAAGGUCCAGAAGUGUAUAACAUGUGGAGGUCCAAUAAAUAACAAUCCCAAAAGAAAAGGUCCGAAGCUUAUAAGAUGCGAAAAUUGCAUUGCACAGGAUUCUGUUGAUCAACAGAGAAAUAGUCAAUUGAAUUCAACACAACUGUUGGUGACAUCCGAUGAGAAUGUUAAGUUUGAAGUGAGCGGUGUGACCUCGGUGCAGGGUGCAGACCCACUCGACACCGCGCAAACCAACCAUCAGACACAGCCGCAGAAACCUUUGCCUGGACAUCAUCCUGUGAAGAAAAGAACACUAGCAUCAGUGACGAAAUGUCAGAACUGUAACGGUUCAGGUAUAAUAUUCAUAGGAGGUAAUAAGAAUAAGCACAGUCAAGCGGAUAUGGACAAACGUUUCCAUUGCAAUAUAUGCGGAGGUUCCUUCUCGAGGUACUCCUCUCUCUGGUCGCACAAGAAGUUACAUUCCGGAGAGAAGAAUUUCAAAUGUGGCAUCUGUGGGAUAGCAUUUGCUAAAGCAGUCUAUCUAAAGAAUCAUUCAAGGAUACAUACAGGAGAAAAACCUUAUAGAUGUAGUACAUGCGGUAUGCAGUUCUCUCAAUCGCCGCAUUUGAAAAAUCAUGAAAGAACACAUUCAGGAGAAAAACCAUAUGUUUGUGAGGUGUGUGACAAAGGGUUCGCGAGACACGCUACACUGUGGAAUCACCGCCGCAUCCACACCGGCGAGAAACCUUACAAAUGUGACACGUGCGGCUCCGCGUUCAGCCAGGCGGCGCACCUGAAGAACCACGCGAAGGUGCACUCCGGAGAGAAGCCCUUCAAGUGCGACAUCUGCACCGCCGCCUUCGCAGACAGGUUCGCGCUCAAGAGGCACCGCGGCAUACACGAUAAAUAUGGUCAAACGACUCCGUUGCCUUCUCGAGUGCAGUUGAACCAGCAGGAGCAGGGCAGCCAGCAGACCGGCGAGUCGCAGAGCAUGCAACCCGUCGUAGAGAUAGAAAUCCGCCCAGACCAAACACUUUGAGCUCAGCACACUACACACACAAUAAUAAACCCUUCACUAUGGGUUGUCACUGCGUUAACAUUUAUAUUAACACAUGUCUCUCAUAUUCUAUUUGAAAAAAGAGAUGCGAUAUGUGUCAAAUGUGGCAGUUGAUAUUCAUAGUAAGGACCUUCGUACACUAGGUGAUGUCAAUUUUCCAAACCUGGCGAUUUUAGUCGCUAACCUACUCAUAUCAGGUGAUAUAAGUCGCUGCAAUUUUCAAGAUAGUGCAGCUACAUUAUACAAUUGACACACUUUCUAUCUUUGUACAACUAACUUCUGUAAAUGGACAGGAUUUAAGAUAUGGUAUUUUGAGACUAUCCUGUAUUUACCUUUUUGGCGCUGUUUCUGUCAGUAACUGAGCAGUUGGCUUUUCAGCUCUUAUUGUUGUAGUACAUCAUACUGAACUGUUAGCUGCUAAUUUAGUUGUGCUGCGGCUUAACAGUUUGAACCUGUUUAGAGUGACGAUUUUAUUUUUUUACUGCGACGCAACGAAAGGUUUUUAAGAUAUAUGUUACGUUGUGUACGAAGGGGCUAAUAGUGUUAUAUGGUCAAAUGUAAAUAGAAAUUGUUAAAGGGUACAUGUUACUUAAUUUGUAAUUAAAAUGUGCACGGUGCAGUUGGUACUGUCGUUAAGUGUGAGUUGAUAUUACAGACAGCGGGUUUUUAAAAUGUCUAUAGUGUUCAAUAGACAAUAGUUGAUUUAAUGCAACGAAAAUUUUUCAUGGAUGUGACAACAGCAAUAUGAAGUGAAAAAGAAUGAUAAAAUUAUUUACGCAUAAAAAAAGAGCAAUAAAUUGUUUAUCCCUACUUGAGCGGGUAUAUAUUGCUAUAAAUUAGAGAGUAACGGUUUAUCAGGUUUGUGUUCAUUAAAAAUUUAUAUUUUAAAAAGUUGACUUAUGUUAAUAUCUGGAGUGUGCACUUGUAUUUUAUCAUGGCAAUUUAACUCAAAAUUGAAUGUUGGGUUCAACAAUUUUAUCAAUAAAUCAAGUUUUAACUUAAGACAUUAAAAACUGUUGUAAUUAAUUUUAUAAUUGUAACAUUGUUAGCUAGCACCAUAAAGAAUGGGUUAAUUUCAGUGUCUAUUUAUAUCGAGAUCAUUGGCUGUGGAAUAAGCGACAUAUAGUAUUUUUAUAUUAUGCGGAUUUAAUAGCAAAUUUUGUUGUAAAUUUGUCUCUCACACUUGUAAAUAAAAUUAAUUUUGCCGUGACACUAGAAGUCUAUAUGUGAUUUAGUUUAGCAUAUCUUAUGAAUAAAGGUAUUUUAUUUAUAAUGGAUGGGUUGAUUUUGCUAAAUAUUGUAUUUCCUUUUAUUUCUAUUGAUUGUGUACAUUAUUUUAUAUAUUAUUUUUAAACAACUUAAUAUACAUAGGUUAUGUAAAGAAUAUAUUUAGUGAGCACAACUCAUCCAAAUAUAAAAAUGCUGCAUCAAAAUGAUGCCUUUUGUAAGCUAGAACAUAAGAUUUUUAAAUAUGAAAUUAUAUAAUAGUAAAAAGUGUUGUAAGAUUGUUGUGUUUUAUUUAUAUUCAAUUGAUUAAAGUUCAAAGUGUUUGAACCUGUUUAUCUCAGUAGAAGACUACCUAU